UUGAAAGAAACCUCAGAAAAAUUAAAAAAAAAAAAAAAAAAAAAAAAAACAAUAAUAAUGAGCUCCAUCACCAUGACCGCUGGUUUUUAUGAUCAUCAGAAUGUUGAGAGACCAGUAUACCCUCUUCUUUUAUUUGCGGAAUGAUUAGAUGAGUUUCUGUACAGAGCUCUCGAAAUGGUAUAACAAAAAAUCACUUUCUUUUAUUUGCUGAAUGAUUCCUGCUUAGAACGUUGAAACAAUUAACAAAAAAAUCAAUUUCUUGCUCUGAAAAUAACAAUGGCAGCGAGAUUUGCAGCAAAAGCAGAGCAAUCAAAACCUCUUCUCCGAUUCCUUAAACCCAAUAUCCCAAAAACCCAUUCUCAUUUACUCCUCCGCCACCUAUCCACCGAACCCAACAACCCUCUGCAGAAACUGAACAACGACGACGAAGAAAAAUUCAUAGCUCAAGUGGUUCAACUACUCUUCUCCAACUCCGCCACUCCCUCUCCUACCCGACUCUUCCGUAUCGCUUCUCGCUUGGACUCCUCGUCUAAAGCCCUCCAGUUUUUGGACUACCUACAAUCGAAUUCGCCAACCCCAGAUAAAAUCUCGCUCUCUUUAACGUUCCAGGCGGUUCUGUAUGUUGCUAGCCGAGAACCCACUUCGCAAAGUAAGCUUCUUGAGCUCUACAAGGCGUCAAGAGAGCGCGGCAUUGCGCUAACCAUCAAUGCCGCCAGUCUUCUCAUCCGGUGUUUUGGCAGGGCUGGAAUGGUGGACGAGUCGCUUCUAGUGUAUUACGAACUCGACCCUUCUUCUAAAAACACGCCUGUUCGAACUCUGCUGAUUGGUGAGCUGUUGAGAUAUGGGCGUGUCGAUGAUGCGAUCCAGGUGCUCGAUGAAAUGCUCGAACCAAAUGCAGAAUUCCCGCCGAAUGAUGCUACGGGUAAUGUCGUGUUCGCGAAAUUGUUGAAGCGAGAGCGACCAGGGAGGCACGUCAGUGAUGAGGAAAUUGUUGGGUUGGUGUUCAAAUUUGGCAAGCACGGCGUGUUUCCUGGUAAAAUAGAGCUUACGCGGUUGAUCUUAAAGUUGUGUAGGAACGGGAAGACUGAUCGUGCUUGGGAUGUUUUAGAUAAUGUGAUGAAGUCGGGCGGUCUUGUGGUGGCUGAUUCCUGCAAUGCUCUUUUGACAGGUUUGGGAAGAAAACAUGAUUUUAAAAGAAUGAAUUUACUUAUGGAAGAAAUGAAAGAAAGGGAUAUUCAGCCUGAUGUUGUUACUUUCGGCAUUGUUAUUAAUUAUUUAUGCAAAUCUAGGAGAGUUGACGAGGCAUUAGAGGUGUUUGAAAAAAUGAAGGGAGGAGGAGAUAAUGAUAAGUUUUCAGUUGAACGUAACGUUAUCAUUUAUAACACUUUGAUUGAUGGACUCUGUAAAGUGGGGAGGCAAGAAGAAGGACUGCAGUUGAUGAAACGGAUGAGAUCGGAAAAUGGAUGUGCACCCAAUGCUGUUACCUACAAUUGUUUAAUUGAUGGGUUUAACAAAGUUGGGGAGAUUGAGAGGGCUCGUGAGCUUUUUGAUGAAAUGAAGAAGGAAAAAGUGCCACCAGGUGUAAUUACUCUCGGUACAUUGGUUGAUGGUAUGUGCAAGCAUGGAAGCGUUAGUAGUGCAGUUGAGUUCUUUAAUGAAGCGCAAAAGGAUGGUCUGAAAGCCGACGCGUUCACCUACAAAAACUUAAUCUCUGCCUUUUGUAACGUCAAUAAUAUUAACAAGGCAAUGCAAUUGUUUGAUCAGAUGUUAAGUGAUGGAUGCACCACCGAUGCUAAGGCUUACUGCUGCUUGAUAUCUGGUCUUUGCCUAGCAGGAAGGUUGGAUGAUGCUAGCCUUGUGGUUUCAAAGUUGAAAGAGGCUGGGUUCUGUAUAGAUGCCAUUUCUUAUAAUACCCUGAUUAAUGGUUUUUGCAAGAAGAACAAGCUGGAGAAAGCUUAUGCGAUGCUUAAGGAAAUGGAAGAUGAGGGAAUUAAACCAGAUGUUGUCACAUACAAUACCUUGAUAUCCCACUCAAGCAAAACUGGGAAUUUGGAAACUGCUUAUAAAUUGUUGAGGAAAAUGAUAAGUGAUGGUCUUGUCCCCACUGUUGUCACUCAUGGAGCCCUGAUACAUGGCUUUUGCUUAAGUGGCAAUAUUAACACAGCCAUGAAAAUUUUCAGAGACAUGAGUUCUUCAUCAAAGGUUCCUCCAAACACUGUAAUAUACACUAUGUUGAUAGAUUCUCUCUGCAAGAAGAGCGAAGUAGAACUUGCAGUUUCUCUGAUGGAUGAAAUGAGAGUUAAGGGUGUGAAGCUGGAUACCACCACAUACAAUGCUAUGUUCAAAGGCCUUCGGGAAAAGAAUUUAUUAGAUAAAGCAUUUAAGUUUAUGGAUCAAAUGGUUGAGCAUGCUUGUGGUCCUGAUUACAUAACAAUUGAAAUUCUUACUGAAUGGCUUUCUGCGGUUGGUGAAACAGACAAGUUGAAAAAAUUUACAAAAGCAUUUGAAGUUUCUGCUGCAACUGCAUUAGAGUGGCUGUAGUAAUACGAAGAUGGGGUUCAUAGAAAUACAUUGCUCCAUGAGAUGUUCAUACUUGGUAGAAAGCAAAAAUUGGUCCCAUCUUCUAGCCAUACAGUUGCAUUCUGAGUUUGCAUAUUUCUUGCCCUUCAUACAAGAUUGUGAUUGCAGAUCCUCGACUUACAUGCAUUUGCAUGGUUGAGACAGUUUUUGAUGCUGACUUUCUAUUCAUGCAAAUCCAUAGUGGGAUGUAGGAGGCUUCAGCACCUUGUGGAGGAUUUGUGAAUUUAGGAUACUCAUCAAAUUAGUUUACCAAUGGACAGCGAGUUGUCCUAGAGCUAUUGUGGACAGACAUUUCAUCAUAAUUUCAAAAGAGUAUUGCAAGUUUAAUUGUAAACCGAAGAAUAUAAUUGUUUUUAGGGUAAAUUUCUGUAUUUCUUUAAUUUUAUAAGGAUAAGAAAAAAUUCAAAUAAAAGAGUGAGUUUAUUGUUGGUUUU